AUGUCAGUGAUGCGUGCUUGGUAUAGGAAAGUAAAGAGAAGAGAACUUGAGGCAGACAAUCUAGGCCCUGAACAAGUAGUGUUUGAUGAAGUCAACUUGGAUGAAAAUGUUUACAACCAAGAAGACUAUGACUCAGAUGGGUCAGAAGAUAUAUUCCUCAACAGCUUACAAGAACCAUUUAACAAUUUCCUAAAUGAUCCUGCAAUGCAAGGCAACACCCAGUAUAACUUGAACCCUGACCCAGAGAUGCAGGCUGGCAGUUCACGUCACCCCCACUCCCUGCACUUUAAUCUGGAUGACAAUGAUGAUGAUGAUGAAAGAGUAGUGGAACAAAAUGAGAAUGCUGGCAAGGUUAUAAGGGUGGAUCUGGAUGCUCAUAAUAAAUGGAGGGAGAGUUUUCACCAGUUCCAUCAAGAUGACGAUGAGAUGGACAUUGAUCUUCCUGAUAAUAGAUGGGCUCCAUUUUCCACAGAAUUAGACUGGAAAUUUGCACAUUGGGCAUUGCAGGAGGGGGUUGGCCAGAAAUCUCUUGACAGAUAA